AUGGUAACGCGAAAGCGCAGCCGCUCUGAGGCGGUCGCUACCACCGAGAAACAGCCUGCAGAGGAACUUGGUCUUCUCCAGCGCAUUCGGAACAGCUGGGAGUUUGCCAGUCUCAUGCAAUAUAUCGCCAUCUUUGGAGGAAUCAUGAAGAUCGAUAAUGAGUUCGAAAUCGAGGACCUAGAGGACGAAUGCCUGAAACCCGAACCUUCAUACAAAAUGCUUGAGAUUGGAUUGUGUCUUUUGAAGUGGAUAUCGUCGCAUCGGGGUCUCACGUUCGACAACUUCGAUGAGUAUACCCGGCGUCAAUACAAUGCGAAGGCUUUGGACAUGCCUAACCCCUUCGGACAAGAUGAAGUCCCCUUACGAUUCCUCGAUUUCGAUGUCUUUUUGAAGUUGCGAGUUCUCCACCAGCUUUCGGUCUGGACAUUCUGGAACCAGGAUCGCAUCCGCGACAAGAUGCCCGAGAAGAAGGAGAGCGAACAACUGCAGUGGCGCAUUGAAGAGUUUGGGUGGGACCGUGAUGGCCGAUCCUACUAUGUCCUAGAUGACAAUCGCCUCUACCGUCGAACCGAACCUGCCAUUCCUGCACCUCAACGACCGAAGAAGAAGCCGAGGAGCAGGUCCUCUCGCAAAUCUCGGACUUCGAAGCGCACUUCAACCGCUGCAGUGGAGGAGGGCUCCGAUGAGGAGGGUCAAGGCCCCGAUACCGACGGAUCUAUCUCUGAAUAUAAAUGGGAAUGUAUAGCUGUUACUCUCCCUGAAUACCAAGAGUUCAUAGAUACAAUCCGCAAGAGCAAGGAUGCGGAUGAAAAACAGCUACGUGAACGCCUCGAGGAGCAUGUUUUGCCAAUUCUGGAAAAGGCAGAGGAGGCGCAGCAGCGCAAGCGACAGAAGCGCGAAAAGGAGCUUCACAACAUGCAGCUUCUUGCAGGCGCCAAGCGAUCCAGUCGUCUUGCUGCCAAGGAGGAGAAGGAAAGAUCCGACCGCGACGCUGAAGAGGCCACUCGAAAGCAUGAAACUGCACUUGCCGAGGCUCGCCGGGAACAGUCUCGAAAGCAACAAUUGGAGGUUGAGCGACAGUCUCGUAUGAUGACUCGCGAGCAACGCACUAAAGAUCGUGAGCAGAAGCGGAUUCUCCACCAGGAGGAGAUGGACAAGCUCAAGAUAGAAGAAGAGCGAUUGGAACGUGGCGAGGGCCGCAUCUCUGCACGAAACCUCAAAGCCGAGCGCGAUAAGAUGCAGAAGAAUUUGGCCGACCUAGCUCAAGAAGACGAGUGGGUCUUCGAUUGUUCUGGCUGUGGUGUGUACGGGGAAAAUUUGGAUGAUGGAAGUCAUAGUGUCGCUUGCGAGAAAUGCAAUGUUUGGCAACACAGCAAUUGUCUUGGUAUCUCUAAGGAGGAUGCCGAGAAGGAUGACUUCCACUUCGUUUGCCGCGACUGCAAGCGCAAGGAGGAAGAAGCGAAGAAGCCCAAAAUCGCCCCAUUGAAAUUCAGACUCAGCGCAUCGGCAUCACCGUCAUCAGCCACUACGGGAGCAAAGCGCUCAGUAGAAGAUGACAUUGUUCCUCCAUCCCCUGUUAAGCAGACCCAUGCCGCUCUAUCCAGUGCCCAAAAUGGUCCUUCAACUGCCCAGACUUCGACACAGCCCCAUCUUCCCCCAGUCACUGCGCGAGCCCAGUACUACGUCCCUCCAUCUCCGGAGCGGCGUCAAUACUCUGCAAACCAAUCAUCUUUCCCGUCCUCCAGUCCUUCUCGACCUUCUUUCUCCCCGUCCAAAGGCAUGGACGCCCCGGCAUAUCCCUCUAUGAAACCGCUGCCCGGGGUUGCUCAUAAUGGAGUCUCUCUGCCACCGAUGCAACCCGGGCCCCAUCUUCCUUCUUUUGGAUCAUUUCAUUCUGCCCGCCCCUCGUCCUCUCACUCUGGCCACGGUGCCAUCCAAAACCGACCAUCUAUGUCACCCACUCAAGGGAACCACGAAGUUGGUCCUUUAGCAGGAUUUCCGCCGGCUCAGCAGCCGGCCAAUGGAUCCGGCUCUUGGUCCCCGUUUCAGAACCAGAGCUACACGACACCCCGCCCCCAGUCCGGACAUGGCGGUUCAUUUGCCAUGUCCAGCAACUAUCCGUCCUUUUCAGCCACUGCAACUCCCAACGGCAACCACAAUCACUCAUCGCCCCCUCACAGCUCGCAUGGCAUCGGUAUGUCUGGCAUCAGCCCUACCAAGCAGUCUCCCCGCCCUCUCACCUCCGGCGCCAUGGCAGGUGCCCCGAUUCUUCCACCAUUCCACCGAUUAGACCCGAGCCCUAAGCUCAUGGGCCGUAAUUCACCAGAUGCCCCAAUUCCACCACCUGUGAAGUGCAUGACACCUGAGCAGGAGGAGCGCCGGCAAAGGGAGAAUGCUUCGAUCCGGCCUCACUAUCCCUCCAAUGGUCAGGCGCAUCCGAUGUCAUCCCCAUCAAUCAACCGAAUUCCUCCUUUGGGCCCGGCGGCAACCUCUCAAUUGCCCGAUCCAGUACCUUCUCCUCAGCAUGGGGACCAAGACCAUCGGCAGUAA